AAAGAUGCGAUUCUUAAUUUCAGUCGGAGCCGAUAUCAAUUUAAAGGAUCAUGAAAUGAGGAGUUUGUUACAUGCUAGCUGUCAGUGGGGUGAUAUAGCAUGUGUCAAGUUGCUGAUUAAACAAGGAAUAAAUGUUAAUGGUAGAGAUUUUUACGGUAAAACGCCCUUAUUUGAAUGUAUACAGUCAAAUGUUGAUAGAAUAGAAAAGAUGCGAUUCUUAAUUUCAGUCGGAGCCGAUAUCAAUUUAAAGGAUCAUGACAUGAGGAGUUUGUUACAUGCUAGCUGUCAGUGGGGUGAUAUAGCAUGUGUCAAGUUGCUGAUUAAAGAAGGGUUAGGUGUCAAUGAUAGAGAUGAUUACGGUCAAACGCCCUUAUUUAGUUGUAUACAGUCAAAAGUUGAUAGAAUAGAAAAAAUGCGAUUCUUGAUUUCAGUCGGAGCCGAUAUUAACGUAAAGAAUAAAGACAAGAACAGUUCUUUACAUGUUAGCUGUCAGUCGGGUGAUAUAGCAUGUGUCAAGAUUCUGAUUAAAGAAGGGUUAGGUGUCAAUGAUAGAGCUGUUUUCGGUCAAACGCCCUUAUUUUAUUGUAUACAGUCAGCUGUUGAUAGAAUAGAAAAGAUGCAAUUCUUGAUUUCAAAAGGAGCCGAUAUCAAUGUAAAGGAUAAAAAACGGAGAAGUUUGUUACAUAUCAGCUGUAAUUUGGGUGAUAUACCAUGUGUCAAGUGGCUGAUUAAAGAAGGGGGGUUACAUGUUAAUGAUAGAGAUCGUUACGGUGAGACGCCAUUAUUGUUUUGUAUAAGCUCAAUUGUUGAUAGAAUAAUAUGUGUAGAAAUAACUGAGAUUCUGAUUAAGGCAGGAGCAGAUGUAAAUGCUAGGGACAGGAAAGGACAGAGCAUAUUACAUCAUAGUGUUGAAUUCGGCGAUGUAAAAUAUGUUAAAAUUCUGAUUGAGGCAGGAGCCAAGGUAAAGGUAAAGGAUAAAAAGGGCUAUAAACCUAUUUAUUAUUGCUGUAAAACGUUUUUUGAUCCUGUUGAAAAGGUAAAAUUGCUUUUAGAAGCCGGUGCUAAAAUUAAAUUCCGGAAAAAAAUGAUUAAGAAAAGUUUUGUAAGUGAUUUGCGUGAGUUUUUGAAAACAUAUAGUCAGUGAUCUUUUUGAAGGAGGGUCAUUCUAUAUCAAUUAACCCAUAAUAUCUGGAAGAGUAUGGGAAGUCAAUUAGAAGUAUUGCCUUUCGUUUCCAUGCAUGUUUUAGUUGGUGAGGUGAAGGUCAAGUCAAGGUCACCUCAUUCAGGUGGUCAACAUCAAGGUCAAAAGUUCAUUGAUUUUAAUAAAGAUUUAAAGCUGAACUCCGAUUACAAAACUACAGAAAUAAUUAAAUAAAAAAUAAUUAACGCCCAAAAUAAUCGCCAUACUUGUUUUCAAGUUGUAGAGCAAUCAUGGCGAUGGUACGGCAUACAAAAACAGAGGCAGGCCACGCCCACAUCCAGUUCACUACUUGUCAUCCACACUGUCCUACCCCCUUUCCCUGAUAUAUCCAUGUCUAAGAAACCGUGAAUUCGAUAUAGCUGAAACUUUGAAAUUUGAAUUUUUGCACGUACAGAAGCCAUAUACAUAAAGUUUGAUCGAAAUCGGAGAUGGUGUGAACAAUUUCCUUGUUGCUAACUAUUGAUUUGGUUUUACGACUACAGAAUUAUAAGGAAUUUUGAUACCGUAAUCAUUUUAAAAGCUAUGAUCGUUACCCUAAACAUACAGCCGUGUGAAAUGAAAUGAAAUGAGGAUUAUCGCCCUACUGUUCUGCUCCAACUGAGCUAAUGAUGACGGACACUCGCCAUACAGUGUGAUAUGAGGGAAAUUUUGCCCGGACCGCGGUGCUACGGCCUACUCUUAUAUCGAAUUCCAGCUACCAAGGGGUCUUUUAUAUGCGUGCGAAUGUGUACACAGGAACUCAGUAUUUCGUCCCAUUCGAAUGACUAUACAGCUUUCCUUGUACAGGUACCAUCAGGUAUAACACACACACACCCAGCUGGUAUUUCUGCAAUUAUACAGAGUAUUGAUAUUAGCAGGAAUCUAAAAAGACAAGAUUAUUUUAAUAAAAACUAUAAACAUUUAUAAUAAGUGAAAACCGAUUAAAAUGAUAAAACAGCCAUUGCUCAACAGGGGCGGAUCCAGAGAACAUGGAUAAGGGUUUUGCACGGGAGACGAAGUCGCAUGUCGUGCGCGCAGAAAGCGCAAUGGUCAACUAGGGGUCCAGGCGGUUCCCGUGGAAAACUUUGAAAACUGGAAGCUACUAAAUGCCACUUCGUUUGAAUUUAAGUGUCUUAUACAAUAUCUUGGUGACAAAAUAUGUUUCCCUUUGGCUGAAUAUAUUUUUUCUAUCGACGGUGAUGAACAUACAAUCUCGACCGUCGAGGAAAUAUAUAUUUUAAAACAAACAUUAAGUAAAUAAAGUUGACAUAGUAACAGAAAUAUCAUAUUCGUCAGCGGUAUAAUAACGCAAGAGUGAGAAAUGAUUCGUCUUGAUGUUGUUACAAUCAAAUACGAUAAUUUUGGCUUGUAUUGAAGAUGGAUGGUGUAAAAUUGUUAGUCCUUAUCCAGUGAAACAGCUGGAUUCCUAAAAUAUUUAAGCCCUUGAUUGUAAUGUGAAGCACUUUUGUGAAGAUCACGAGUAUCUUUAAUAGUUUUUCCAUUAUAUUUUAAUAAUAUCUUUUUUAUAUUGAGUUAGAGUUUAGAUUCUAAUUGUAAAUGGGGUUUUAUAUUAUAUUUAUGAUAUCUCUUUUGUUUUAAGUUAGAGUUUCGAUUCUAAUUGUAAAUCGGGGGUUAUAUUAUAUUAAUGAUAUCUCUUUUAUAUUAAGUGAGAGUUUAGAUUCUAAUUGCA